AUGCGUCUUAAUUGGCCUGAUAUUCGGAAUUUGGUAAAGUAUGAAGACUUUGACAGGGCCUUGGUUGACAAUGAGAUAGUUGCGUGGGCGUCGAUAAGAGAAAUCAUCGUUGGACUUUUAGGCAAACAUCCUUCUCCCAAUUAUGAAGGAUCUCUGCGACGAAUGUUGGAUGUUUUUUUCCAAAAUUGGAGUGAAUAUGUCGCUAAAAAUUCAUUUCCCUCAUCGCCAUUUGGACUACUUCAGUCGACAGAAGAAAAUAAAAAUGAAAAACAAGAAAAUAAAGGAGAAGAAGUGGAAGGGAUGGAAUUCUUCAGUGAAGAAUCAAAAAAUGAAAAUGAAGAGCAAGGAAAUAAAGGAGAAGAAGUGGAAGGGAUGGAAUUCUUCAGCAAUGAAUCAGAUUACUCAAUGUUUUGA